AAAAAAUAUCCACGUGCGAACCUUCUUUUGGAAGCGCUUGUCGUCGCGACCUAGCUUCUUGUUAGCUUUGUUGCACUUAUAAAAGCCAUUUCUCAAGCACGAUUACGUUUUCGGCUUUCUCUUUAGACCAUCCUUGUCUCUUUGCCCGUCUUGUGGUAGUCCACGACAAUGGCUCGGCCUCUGGAGCCAAACCGACGCCGAUCCUUUUCCGAUCCACUGGCUGCUGCGCUCAUGCCCCCUCCAAACGAGAGUGCUGCAGAUCGUGAAAGGAGAUUGGAAGCAGAGUCAGAGGCUAAGCGGGUCAGCGAUGGAAUUGAUGAAAUGCUCCGUGCAGAGAAGAAAGAGAAGAGGACCAAACCUGAAAUUAAGGUCUUGAUUCUGGGGCAGAGCGAGAGUGGCAAGAGUACGACUUUGAAACAAUUUCAAUUAAUGCAUGCGACGGCUGCCUUCCAUGCUGACCGAAUCGCCUGGAGAGCUGUAAUAUAUCUUAACCUCGUGCGAUCCGUCCGCCGCAUCCUUGAUGCUGUUUCCCCUGAAUCAGACGAAGCAGAGGAUCAGGAGACUGUAUCUGGUCGUGCAAUCUCCUUUACUAGUCAGUCUUCCGUGAUUUCUGCGACUAGGAUCCUCAAGUACCCCCAAUAUCGCCAUGCAUUGGAACCUCUGAGGGAGCUGGAGGAACGUUUGAUCAGAAUGUUAUCAUCUCCGAAUGAAGACGAGCCUACCCGCACUGCCCCAAGGCCUGAUUGGAGUUACUAUGCAAACGGUAACUCUGAUACCCAAGUUACUGUUGGCAAGAACGGCCGACCCGCGCCAUUCAUUACCAUACCCCCCUCACGGACAUCCUCCCCACUUUCACCCUCAACGAGCCUCCCUUCUCCUGGUGGGUCAAGCAACAGCUCGUCUAAAUCAAAGAAUGUGGAAGUUAGCGUUCAUCAUACCUCGAACUGGAAAAAGGCCUUUUCCCUUGGCAAUAGAAUCAAGAGUCCUAAGAGUGCACACACGAAUGAGAUUGAGGGCUGGUGGGACGAUCCAAGCGACCCUGUUCAUGUGCUCAAUUCUUGCGCUCAGCCAAUGCUGGCAUUAUGGAAGGACCCCAGUGUCAAGCAACGCCUACGGGAGAAACGGAUCAGAGUAGAAGAGGGCAGUGGCUUCUUUUUGGACGAAAUAUCCCGUAUCACCGCUCUACGGUAUUUUCCGAGCGACCAGGAUGUCUUGAAAGCCCGGCUCAAGACCACGGGUGUCGUAGAGCACUCCUUUUCAAUUGCUGAUUCCCAGCGCCGGUUAAUCCCGUGGAAGAUUUAUGACGUAGGAGGUGCCCGAAAUCAACGGCACGCUUGGGCGCCUUACUUCGAAGAUGUAAAUGCCAUUAUUUUUCUGGCACCUAUCUCUGCUUUCGAUCAGGUAUUAGUAGAGGAUCCAGAGGUGAACAGACUAGAAGACUCCGUGCUGUUAUGGAAAUCUGUCGUAUCAAACAAACUACUUGCGCACGUCAGCAUCAUUCUUUUCCUGAACAAGGUCGAUCUUUUGCAGGCAAAGCUCAAGAGCGGUGUCCGACUCAGCCACCAUAUGCCACGCUAUGGUGACAGACCAAAUGAUUACGAAAAUGUAUCUUCAUACUUUUAUAACAAAUUCGGGAGCAUUCACCAAACAUUCUCGUCGAAUAAAGAGAGGGAGUUCAAGAUUCAUCUUACGUCAGUUACUGACACCAGGCGGACAGCCACGAUCAUACAGAAUGGUUCGUGAUGUUUUGUCUUCAAGGGCUGAUUACUUACUACUUUGCUACAGUACGAGAUAUCAUCAUUACCGUAAACUUGAAAAACAUUCAUUUGAUGUAACGCCUUUUACCGCUCUUUUCCCGAGGCGUCUAAAAUCAUUCCUUUGACGGAUUUCUACAUUAUCCGCGUACUAUUAUGCCCUCUCUUUAUUCAUCUGUUAUUCGCAAUUGUUCGUUCCAAGCAUCCCCCCAUGAGUUCUAAUACUGUUCUUCUAUCUCAUAUUCAGACCUUUCAGAUUGUAUACCAUGCGUCCCAGCAUUACGAUUGUUGACUUAGUAUUACAGAUUUACCAUACCUUUCCGCUAAUUAGAUCUUUCAUACCAGUAUUAACAAUGUUCGACUACUCUUACCCUUCACUCAAAUGCCAAAUGCGACGAGAUGCCAAGAAUGGCGUUAAUAUUGUCAUCUACCUCA